AUGUCGCGCUCCAACGAUCCAGGCCACUACUUUCAAACGACCUCCUCCCUGGAGGAGACAGCUCGAAAGGCUGCAAAGUCCAAGAACACCCAGGGCAACCCUAUCAAGCUCCCCUCCAAGAUCCUCGCCGUCAUCGCCGACCCGCAAGAUGAGAACUACAUCUACGUUGCCGAAGCAGCAGGCAACGUGAAACGCAUCAACAUUGAAGUCGGUCAGACCUCCAUUUCUCCACCAAGCUCCACUAAUAAAGUCGCCGCCACCUUCUCAGGACCCACAGCUCCUCUCACCUCUGUUGCCAUUUCCCCCAAGUCAGACACGUUGUUUGCGGGGUGUUGGGACAAGUCUAUCUGGUCAUGGACGCUCUCCACGCGCAAGACUGCCAAGCGCUUCCAAGGCCACAGCGACUUUGUCAAGGCCGUCAUAGCAUUCACGCUAAGCGGCAAAGAGGUCUUAGUGUCAGCAUCGCAAGAUGCAAGCAUUAUCGUUUGGGACGUCGCUGCGGGAUCGAAGCUACACACCCUGAAGGGACACACACGGGGUAUCCUCGCUCUUGCGUUGGAUCCGGCCGAUUACGAGCCCGGCAAAGAGACUGUUACAGUCUUCAGUGCUGGAAGUGAUCGGGAAAUACGGCGAUGGUCUAUCGGAUUGACCUCAGCCUCUGAGACCCAACCGUCACCAAUUAUUGCCCACGAGACAAGCAUUGACGCCUUACACUUCGAUUCGGAUGGCGAUCUUUGGACGGCUUCAGCAGACAAGACAGCCAAGUGCUUGUCCAGAGGCCGUGAGUGGGAAGAGGACUCCAAGUUCGAGCACCCGGAUUUCGUUCGCGAUGUUGCUGUCGACGAAGACGGCGGGUGGUUGGUUUCAGUAUGCAGAGACGAAGAGGUUCGCGUAUGGGACAAGAGCAGCGGAAAGCUCCAUCACACUUUCAGUGGGCAUUUCGAAGAAGUUACUGGCCUGCUUCUAUUAGGACAACGCGUAGUCAGCGUGAGCAUUGACGCUACAGUCAGACAGUGGAGCCUGAAGCCGCAAGAGCUCGCCAAGGCUGUCCAAGAGGCCAAAGAUGAACGCCUCGGUAAGGAAAAGGACAUGGAACCCGAGAAGAAGGAAGGCAUGAUGACUGCGGAAGAAGAGGCGGAGCUUGCUGAGCUUCUAGGAGAUAGCGAUUAG